AUGCAGGAAAGAAAAUGGCACAAGAAAGAAAAUGAAAAAGAAAGUACUAUCAAUCGAUCUAUCUAUCUAUCUGUUCAUAUCUAUCUAUCGAUCUUAGUCGAUUCGUCUAUCUAUCUAUCUAUCUAUCUAUAUAUAUAUAUAUAUAUCUCAGUCUGUUCAUAUCUAUCUAUCGAUCUCCGUCGAUUCAUCUAUCUAUCUAUCUAUCUAUCUAUCUAUCUAUCUAUCUAUCUCAGUCUGUUCAUAUCUAUCUAUCGAUCUCCGUCGAUUCAUCUAUCUAUCUAUCUAUCUAUCUAUCUAUCUAUCUAUCUAUCUCUAUCUUUCGUAUUUGGUAAGUUCACCGCCGUUAAUUCACCUCGGGGAAAGUUCACCUCGGGGAAAGUUCACUUCGGGGAAAGUUCACCUCGGGGAAAGUUCACCUCGGGGAAAGUUCACCUUGUGGAAAGUUCACCUCGGGGAAAGUUCACCUUGGGGAAAGUUCACCUCGGGGAGAGUUCACCUCGGGGAAAGUUCACCUCGAGGAAAGUUCACUUCGGGGAAAGUUCACCUCGAGGAAAGUUCACCUCGAGGAAAAUUCCCCUCGGGGAAAGUUCACCUCGGGGAGAGUUCAUCCCGGGGGAAAUAUCUCCACAAAAGGAAAAAAAAAAAAGGAGCAAUUUUUAG